GGGAGGACUCAAAAGGGUACGACUGACUGCCGUUAGCUCUCCAGGUUAUUUAGAGCGUAGGCGCGUUUCUGCUAAGAUGGCUACCGAGGUCCAGGAAAGCCGGUCGUGCAGCAGGGCGGUGAGGAGGUUUCGGUGCGCGGUGAUGGUGACCGGGCUGGCGAAGAGCUGGCAGAGCUGGGCCAACAAGCACACGGAGAGGCAGGACUCCAUCCCCGCCGGGUGGGUCCCCGACUCCGUCCAGGAGGAGGAAGAGAAAGAGAAGAGGGAGCGCAGCGAGCUGAAGCUGUCGGUCAGGCCUCGCGCGGUGGAAGCCGGCGACCAGGACGGCGGAGGCGGGAUCAAGACGGGCGCGGUGACCCGGAGCGUGGAGCCGAGGAGGACCGACUGCGGCCUGGUCUGCGCCGUCAAAGGGAAGAUCGACGGCGGCCAUUUCGGCUCCGAGGAAGGGAAGCCCUUCCUGGGCGGGGACUCGCCCACCAGGAGGCGCCACUGCUCCUCCAAGGCCAGCGGGGGGCUGAAGGCGUGGACCCAGCUGGAGAAGGAGACGCGCAGGCUGGGCUCCCGCAGCAGCAGCCUGGACACGGAGGACAGCGGCCUGGGCGAGGACAGCGGGCUCAGCGACAACAGCGACUGCAAGAGCGACCCCAGCGACGAGCAGGAGAACACGCGCAAGAGCAGGCCUAAGAUCAAGGUGAGCACCAUGGGGGACCUGAAGGCCAAAUGGGCCCAGUGGUCCCAGCAGCACCUCGAGGGGCAGAAACUGAACCCCUUCAGCGAGGAGUUCGACCACGAGCUCGCCAUGUCCCAGCGGCUGCAGAAGGGCGACCCCGGGUACGGCAAGCCCAAGGAGGGCUCCAAAACGGCCGAGCGGGGCGACAGGGCCCAGAGGCACGUCCGCAAGGAGAUGGACGAGAUGUGCUACAUCAUCCGGGACAUGGGGAACGUGGCCAAGGACGGGACGAUCUACAUGACCUUCGGCAGGCUCUUCGACCGCUACGUCAAGAUCUCCGACAAGGUGGUGGGCAUUCUGCUCCGCUGCAGGAAGCACGGGAUGGUGGACUUCCCGGGCGAGAUGCUGUGGCAGGGGCAGGACGACGAUGUCAUCAUCACCCUGCUGGACUGAAACAGGACCCGAACGCAGGCUGGCUGUUUACAGGACCACCGGGCCGCCCCUCAUGCUUGGCUGAGCCGGCGACUGCGAAUAGAUUUAUUCAGUGUGAAAACUCUGCUGAAAUAUCACCCGGUAAUCUGCUAGCAGUACAUUUUGUGAGCAAGUGUGAAUGUACAUGCUUUUUAAAGCAGGGAUUUUAAACUCAAAUCCCGGAGGGCCGCUGUGUCUGCUGGUUUCUGAUGUGUUCCUUUUGUGUUCACUUAAGUGCUUAAUUUAAGCCAUUGAUUGGCUAAAAAGGAAAUCACAAAAACCAGCUGAGAAUGCAGCACUCCACGACUGGAGGCUGAGACACCAGCAGUCACAAUAGAAAAGAAAAUUUACGCUCAAUUACUUUUUAAAUGCUUAAAGUAUGAAUGCAAAUGCAUUUAGAAGGGUAUGAAUUGUGCGCCUUUUGCAGGAAGCUGCAGGAUUAUACAAAUAUGAAUGAAUGAAUGAAUGAGUGUUUAUACAUGCAAGGGCAAUAAUGUGGUUGAUGGUUAGGGAAGUGGACUCAUAACUCAAAGGGCUUGGGUUUGAUCCGGAUGGGAUGAUGUUGUGCCCUCAGGCGAGUACUUACCAUGAAUUGCUUCUGUAAAAUAUCCAGCAGUUUGAAUGGAUUUUGUGCAAAGAAAUUGAAUCUAUUUAUGUUGCUCUGGGUUACAGCAUCGCCUAACUGCCAAAAUGCAUACAUUAUGUAAAGACAUAACACAGUGAUUGCGGUAUUGUUAUGCAUAUCUUAUUGUAAGCUCUAAUUUAAGUGAAGAAUUGGCCACAGGAUCGUGCUAUCCAGAGGUGGUUUUCUUUCAAAAUGAAAGCACAUGAGCCUUCUUACAGAAGGGCACUUGACAUUUUGUAAAAGUGUAGCAUUGGUUAUUUAUGAAUAAAUGGAACUUGUCUUUUU